UUCUACAUGGGUUGGCUGAAGGUGGCUGAGUCGCUCAUCAACCCCUUUGGCGAAGACGACGACGACUUCGACACCAACUACCUCGUCGACCGCAACGUUCAGGGAGCCUACGUGAUCGUGGACGAGAUGCACGAGGAACACCCCGAGCUCAUCAAGGACAUGUAUUUCGAGGAUGUGGUACCUGCAGCGCUACCAUUCACCAUCGCCAGUGAACACUUCAGGAGCAACCAGGCUGCCAACCACGGGUCGACGAUGGCGGUGAAGAUAGCGGAGCCCUUGCAGGAAAUCAUAGAGCCUCUCAUCGAGGACAAGUCGCACCGCGUCGUACACACCGUCGUGGGGGGACUGGUGCAGGAGAACCACAAGGAGAAGUCGCUGAAGUCCAACCAGCGGAAAUUUUCUCAGCCGGAAUCCAAGAGCGUCUCCAGCAGAAGGUCCUCGGGGCAGUCUGCCAUUGCCACGUUCAUCAGGAGGAGGAAGAAAAGCUUCUUCACCCGCGCCGCUGACAAGAGUUCCCCCAAGAAGAGCCGAGCACCCAGCGUCAGCAGCAGCAUCCACUCCCUCAUGAGCCUGAAGAGCUUCAGAAGCCACGACCGCCUGUCUGAGAACCUGGGGGGCUGAGGGAGGAGAGGGAGAAGGAGGGCAUGGUGACUAGAAGAAGGGGAGAUAGAGAUGGUCUAAUAAAAUUCCCAAAACAUAUUGUUAUUGCUUAUUUCUUUUCUUUUAAGUUGAAGACUAAAUUUGCUGACGAGAAGGCAAGAUAGAAAUGGUCUAUUUAAAUUC